GUCUCCGCRGGGACGCCYGCAAGCUUGGAGCCUGUCAGCCACCUCUUGUCCAUGGCGGGGGAAUGAUCGGUCUCGCUGUCCUGCUGGCAAGUAUCCUCUCGAUCAGCCAAGCUGAAAAAGAGAGAUUGUCUCUGAUCUCAGCAGCGUAUCUUGGGCGCAGAAGACAUGAUAAACAAGUAAGCAGAGGUGAGAGCUGCCGGAACCAGGGAGGCAAAGUCUGCUCAGUGAAGAGAAUGACGAUUCUUCCAGAGACCUGUGACCCGGAGCUGAGAGCAGAAGCAAAGGAGCGAUGUCUCUGGGGGAAAAGCCUACUUGUGUGUGUGCUAGUUCUUAGUAUUGUCCUAGGACUUACAUUGCUURUCACCCAUGUAACGAUGAGCUGCAGUCUAGGAUCCUGUGAUGCUGAGGUGGGGGCACUGUUGGCCAGAAUCUUGAAUUCUAGGAAUGACACAGUAGACCCCUGUAAGGAUUUCUACGAAUAUGCCUGUGGCAGCUGGGAAGGCAAACGCUCAAGCAGAACCACAGAAGAAUCACUAAAUGUCUUUGAUGCAUUGUUGGAAGAAAAUCAGUUGAUCCUGAAAAAACUUUUAGAGACCCCACAAUUUGGGGUAAGAGGCUCAGCUAGAAAGAAAGCAAUCUUGUUCUAUCAAUCCUGUAUGGAUACUCAACGGAUAGAAUCCCAAGGAAUUCAGCCAUUGAAAGGUCUCCUAAAUCAGGUUGGUGUCUGGAAUAUCACAAGCAUUGGGGAAGAAAAAGAUUUUAACAAAACUCUUCAGACUCUGAUGGGCAGAUACAACACCUUUCCCUUUUUCAGUGUCCACGUGGGACCUAGCCCUUCUGACCCAAACAUCAACAUAAUUCAGAUUGACCAUCCUGAGUUUGAGAUGCCACCUGAGAGUAAAUUCAAAGAGAAAAAAAAUUAUCUUGAGGUUCUCCGUGUGUAUCUCUCAUAUUUGGAGAAACUAGGGCACCUACUUGGAGAACCACAGGAUGUUCCCCCUGGCUUCUUUUCCCUUACCUUGUCCUUCAUCUCUAACCUCCAGCAAGUUAUCACGCCAUUGCAGGAAAGACAACAGAGAGGGAUGCUGUUCUAUCGUACCACCAUCAGGGAGCUGCAGGAAAAGGCACCUGCGAUCGACUGGCUGCUGUGUCUGCAGGCAGCCUUCCAUCCUGUGCCAGUGAAUCUCUCUCAGCCAAUUGCGGUGCAUGACAUGGAUUACCUGCAAGGCAUGUCACGGCUUAUUGAGCAGUGGCAGAAGCAAAGGAUCCUUCACAUCUAUAUGAUCGUUUGUCUGAUUGGGAACCUCUCUCCAGCCCUUGACAGUCGGUUCCAAGAUGCACGCCUGGAGCUGUCUAAGAUUCUUCAUGGAAAAAUAGGAUCCAGAAUGAUCCCAGAAGAUCGCUGGAGGAUGUGCUUGAGUGAAACCAGCUUUUUUUUUGAACCAGUCCUAGGGCAGAUGAUUGUUCAAGAAAUUUUCCCGCAGCAGAGCAAGAAACUUGCUGAGCAGAUGUUCUCUGAGAUCAGAGAUGCCCUCUACAGUCGACUCUUUCAGGUGGAGUGGAUGGAUGAGAAGACUCGUAAAGAGGCUGAGCUUCUGAUUUCCAGACUGCAAGUGGAAAUUGGCUAUCCAGCUCACAUACUCCAAACUGACAAACUGAACCUGGAAUACCAGAAUYUGGAGAUAAAUCAAGAAACGUUUCUCCUCAAUAUCGUGGCUUGCUUGAAGAUACUGAGGGAGAAUUCCUACCAGAGACUCCUUCAGCAUCACUCACAAAAUAACUGGAAGAUUCCUCCCUGGUAUGUCCACUCAUACUACUCACUAAGRCAGCACAUGGUGGUCUUCCCAGCUGGAAUGUUUCGCAGCCCUUUUUUCAACCCAGAAUUUCCCAGCGCUGUGAACUUUGGAGCCAUGGGGGUCUUCAUGGCACAUGAGCUUCUUCAUGUCUUCUAUAAUUAUGUGCUGCCUGGGGGCUGUCCUACCUGCAACAGGAGUGCACUACAGCAAGCUAUAGAUUGCUUGGUAAAACAAUAUGAAAGUUACUCCAUGUUCGGAUUUCAGAUCAAUGGGACUUCUACUCUUUUGGAGAAUACAGCUGACAAUGGAGGACUUGCCAUUGCUUACCAGGCCUAUAAGAACUGGCUGAAAAAGCACAGACAAGAGAAGCAUUUACCUAAAAUUGGACUUACACAUGAUCAGCUCUUUUACCUCAGUUUUGCUCAUGCMAUGUGUGGACACCAGGAUCCUGAGAAACUGCAGUCUUAUGUGCACACAGAUCCACACAGCCCUUUGCCGCUUCGUGUCUGUGGGUCUGUCAGCAAUAGCCAGGCCUUUGCCAAACACUUCAGCUGCCCCAGCARCUCACCAAUGAACCCAGAUAAGAAGUGCCACAUCUGGUAAUCUGCCUGGCAAAGGAGGAAGAGAAACAUGAGAGAGAGAUGAAGGCCUGAGCUGUGAAAGUAUGGCCAUGAUAUCUGGGCUUAUGGAGAGACAUGGUGCUCAUAUUCAUUCAUCUGCUUUCCUUUACUAUUUAACCUUUCCUCAGCCUCAACUUGCACCUCUCUCAGCAUUUAUUGUAGCAAAAAUUCCAACCUGAGUUCAUAUGGGAAGAGUCUCUUGCUGCUCCUACCAGUACUGUGUCCCAGCUGGGUCAACUCUGGAGUUUAGAAAAUCGCAAGCUAGCAAGAUGCCUGGUCAGUCAUCUUGGGCUAGAACAGUCUAGGAAASUACUGUUAUACUUGUUCUUCUGUUCGGUGUAUUUUCCUGUGGAAUCUAGCAGCUCCACAGUCAUGUUGAAGGUGCCAAGUGGUAGCCCUAAAACCUGUUCAUAUCAGAGCAGCUGUUAGGGAGAUCCUACAGAUUACUAUGCAAACCACCUAUUUAUACUGACAGAGAAGGAGAAAUAAUCUUCUGCCAGUAAGUGAAGACGAAGAUAGGAAAGACAAAACUCCAGUUUCUAAAUUGACAGAUGAGACACAUAACAAUGAAGGUUGUUCUUGGUCUCUCUUUAGUUCAUGAGUUGAUGUGAAUGAUAUUUAGCAGAGUUUUAGCUUUAUCUCUGCCCUUUUAUCCAGGUUCACUGAGACCAAUCAUUCACACAUUAACCCAUUCACUUUCAUGCCAGACUCAAAUGUCUUGUGCAAGAAGUAUUUUCCUGUUGCUAAGUCCUCUCUGAAAGAUGACAGCAAACAACAGAAAUUUUAACAAUGUCAUUGCUUGCCUUUUCAUCAAAGAAGACAGAAAUGAUGUAUAGUCUGAGAAAAGAGAGACUAAAWCUCCUAGAACACAAAAGAGAAAAGAGAAAGGUAGCACUGCUGGUGGAAGAGGAAUUAGGAGAUGAAAAAGGGUACUGCCCAACAAGAUWCCCUUUCUUUUCAUUCUCUGAUUUAAGGCAAGGAUAUGGGUGAAGGUGGCGUAUCGGACAGAUAGAAGGGGCCUUAGAGAUCUCUGAAAAUUAUUAGCCUGAAAAUUCAGAAUUCCAAGACCUUUUCUGGAUCCUGAAUCAAAUUUGCUCGUCCCUUCAGAUUCUGUGACUCCUACAUUUGUAAAUACCCUCCAAACAGGGGAGUUCAGCUGUUGUAAGUUUUUACUGUCUAAUCAAAAAUGGAAUUUUAGGGGUUGCUAAAAUAUGCCAUAAUUGUGAAGACUGAAAUUCAUAAUAAUUCUCUGAAUUCUAAACAAGUACUGAUCAAUGCACCAGAAAAAUUUCCAAUAACAGGCUCUUCAGU